GCCCGGGAAGUCACUGUGCCCCCGCCCGCGUCCCGCAGAGGCCGAUGGAGGCUGCUGCGCUACAUGGGGGAGCUGGCGCUGGCUCUGGCUCGCUAGUGAGAAUUACAGGAGAAAGAAACUUCUUGCCAUUGAGAUCCACUGAACUGGAAUAAUUUUCCAAGGAAAGAAGUAGAUGCCCCACCUUCUGAGACGAUUUAAAAGUACGCUGGGCAAAACACUAGAGAUGUCCAAUAGAAAAGACUCAAGGACUGUAAAAGAAAUGGACUACUUCUAAUAGCAUAAAAUAGACAAAAUGAGUCAAAUUAGGGAUGACGAAUCACCAAAUGGCAGUGAAGAGAAGAAACAGAUAUUCUUUCACAGUUGCAAAGUAUCAGAAUUGUUGUCAUCUCUUGCAAAUGUUGAAAAUGAACACCAGAAGCAUCAAUUGCUUUUGAAGGGAACACAAGUCUCUCUCUUCCAUACACUACGGUCAGUAAUAAAAUCCAGUAAGACUGCAGUAUUUAACAAGCAAAGCACAUUACCUCCUGAGCCCACUACUGUGUUACAGAAUUGGUCAAAAGAUGCUGUGGCAAAGACGGAUGCUGAUUCUCAAAGGACAAUGAAAAGCAAAAAUAGUUGUGUAUCGAUGAGUGUUAAGUGUCUAUCUAAAUUGAAGACAACAAAUUCUGCUAUAGAAGGAAACAAAAACGCAGACAGUAGUGGUCCACUGCCAGUGCAUAUGCUUCCAUAUGUGGUUUUAAUAAAAAAUUGUCUUCCUUUGUCAAUUUCUUCGAUCCAUUCCAAAUGUUGCAAAGCAGAGAUACUGAGCAGGAUACUGUACAUUACUCUGAGACUCUGGAAAAAGAAAGCAAUCAAGCCUUUACCUCGAGAUCAUCCCAAUUCCAAAUUACAGACGCCUGAAGAAUCAAAAUAUGUGAACUUCUUUAAUCUAAAGGAUCUGCAGUGGAAAUUCUAUAAAGGUAUUGUGAAAAGAAAACAGAAAGUGAGAGUUUUAUGGCGAGAAGCAGACUACAGACCUUUUAAGCUAUGCCAGGAGAAAAUCAGGAAUGAAGAAUACAUACUCCCAUUGAUUCCUAAGAACUGGAUAAUACAUGAGUCUCUUAAAUGAGUUUGUGCAAUGUAUAUCCUGCUUAUAUCAAAUUAACAAUGAAUUUAAAUGGAGAGUGACUGCAGUUCUUCAGAAAAAUUAAAUUAAAAUGUGAAGACAUUGCA